GCCAGCUGCUACUGUUGUAACCCCCGGAAACUUGUUCCAGUCCGCCUCUUGCCGCGCGGGAGGUAACGCGCAGAAUCAAUAUUUUUUUAAACAGCCCCUCCACCGGGCUUCAGCCGGACGGUGCACCGCCACAGAGAUUGUGACCGUGACAGGGCAUUGCAGCCAUGGCACCAAAGAAGAAAAAUAUUAAAAAGAAUAAAGCAGAAAGCAAAGACACGGCUGUCAUUGUGGAAGAAAGUACAAUUAUCCAUUUAAAUAGCAUGAAUGGCCUUGUGGAUGGAGGCAACGGUUUUAGUUGUAUUUCAACGGAGAUCUCCAACUCAUUCCACAGUUCUAGUCUCUUAGAAGCAAUCAACAGAAUGAGACAAGAAAAUUUUCUGUGUGAUUUAACCCUUUCCACAAAAACCAAGUCAUUUGAAGUCCACAAAGUCGUGAUGGCUUCUUGCAGUGAGUACUUCAAGAACAUCCUAAGGAAAGAUCCAUCUACCCAAAAAAUAGACCUCAAUGAAAUAUCUCCAGUGGGCCUUGUCACAGUCAUCACUUAUGCCUAUUGUGGAAAGAUAACAUUAUCCUUGUAUACAAUUGCUAGCACCAUAGCAACAGCCAAUUUGCUCCAGAUUAGUUCUCUCAUAAAGAUGUGCUGUGAUUUCUUGAUGCAGGAAAUCAACGUAGAAAAUUGCAUGUAUAUUGCUAAUAUUGCAGAAACAUAUGGACUUAAAAGUAUCAGGGAAGCAGCACGUAAAUUCAUAACGGAAAACUUCUUAGAAUUCUCAGAAAGGGACCAGUUCUUGAAGCUAACCUUUGAACAAAUCAUGGAUUUCAUGCUGGAUGAUGAACUACAGUUACCUUCAGAAAUCAUGGCAUUCCAGAUUGCAAUGAAGUGGCUGGAUUUCGAUAAUAAAAGGGUUAAAUAUGCCGCAGAUUUACUGAACACCAUUCGAUUUGGUACCAUUUCAGCACAGGACCUGGUGAACUAUGUCCAGACUGUACCAAGAAUGAUGCAAGACCUAGAAUGUCACAAAUACCUUGUAGAAGCCAUGAACUAUCAUCUCCUUCCCUAUCAACAAAACACCUUGCAGUCUCGAAGGACAAAAGUUCGUAGUGGUCUCAAAGUUCUAGUAAUAGUGGGUGGCCGUCAAGAACUAACAGAGAAGUCACUCAGCAGAGAUGUUAUAUAUAGAGAUCCUGAGCGUGUUUGGAACAAACUUGCUGAAAUGCCUUAUAAGAGCUUCAAUCAAUGUGUGGCUGUGAUGGAUGGAUUCCUCUAUGUUGCUGGUGGUGAAGAUCAAAAUGAUGCUAGGAAUCAAGCCAAGCAUGCUGUGAGCAACUUCUGCAGGUAUGAUCCUCGAUUCAAUACAUGGAUUCAUCUGGCAAGCAUGACCUAUAAACGUACUCACUUCAGCCUCAAUGUCUUUAACGGUUUAAUUUUUGCAAUUGGGGGGAGGAAUUCAGAGGGUCUCCUCGCCUCGAUUGAGUGCUAUGUGCCAGCAACCAACAAAUGGCAUUUGAAAGUGCCUUUGGAAGUGGCCAGGUGCUGUCAUGCUAGUGCAGUGAUCGAUGGGAAAAUCCUUGUAACUGGAGGCUAUAUCAAUAAUGCAUAUUCCCGCCUCGUCACUGCCUACGAUCUGUCAGCUGACAGCUGGCAAGAUGCAGCCAACCUUAGCACACCGAGGGGAUGGCACUGUGCCAUCUCCCUUUUAGAUCGUGUUUAUGUCCUGGGUGGGAGUCAGCUAGGAGGUCGCGGGGAGAGGAUAGACGUGCUCCCUGUAGAAUGUUACAACCCACAUUCAGGCCAGUGGUGCUUUGCAGCCCCUCUCCCUGUCGGCGUCAGUACCGCUGGUGUUACAAAUCUUGACAAUAGGAUCUAUUUAGUAGGAGGUUGGAAUGAAACAGAAAAGAAGUAUAAGAAAUGUGUCCAGUGUUUUAACCCAGAUCUCAAUGAAUGGACAGAAGAAGAUGAUCUACCAGAGGGGAUCGUGGGCUUAUCCUGUUGUGUUUUCAUCAUGCCUAGGCAGAGAACACAAGAAUCCCGGACCAGUUCAGUAUCAUCAGUUCCCGUCAGUAUUUGAAGAACAUUUUUAGUCAAAACCACAAUUGCACAAAAAAAUUGUUUGGGCUUAAAUUAAUAAUUAAUUUUAAUUAUUGAAUUCAAAAGAAUUAGAUUAAAAGGAACAAUUAGAGGCAGAUCAUUGCUGUUAAAAGAUGUACAUAUAUUAAUGGUGUGCUUCAGUUCGUUGUUUUCCUCGCAGGGGAAGAAGGUAAGUUACCAUGGGGUAUCUCAGCAUGGGUUGUAACAAUAGUCAUGGUUGUGUAGUAGUUAGCGUAAUGCAAUUACAGCUCAGGAUGUCAGAGUUCAGAGUUUAAUUCUGAUACCCUCUGUAAGAAGUUUGUACAUUCUCCCCAUAAACACUAGGCUUUCCUCUGGAUGCUCCGGUUUCCUUCCACAGUCCAAAGAUAUAUCGGCUGGUAGGUUAAUUGGUCACUUUAAAUUGUCCUGUUAUUAGGCUAGUGUUAAAUCAGUGGGCUGCUGGGUGGCACAGCUCAUUGGGCCAAAACGGCUGGUUUGCAAUGUAUCUCUAAAUAAAUAAAAAUAAAAUAGUCAGUCAACACCUGCCAGGACAUUAAUGUAACAGCCUCAUUAUUAAAACUUGGAGACUUUUAUAACUGCUUGGUUUAAAUGUUUGGUUUAUUAGAUUCAUGCAUUAUAAAUAUGUUGUCUCCCCCCAUUCUUUUGAAAUAUUUAGUUCCUUUUCAGUGUCUGCUAUAAUGAGCUCAUGCAAUACUUUACUGGGAUCUGUCUUAGAAUCAUUGAGCACUACAGCACAGAAACAGGCCCUUCAGUCCAUCUAGUCCAUGCCUAGUUCCAUUACCCCACAUCUGGACCAUAGCCUUCUAUGCCUUUCACAUCCAGGUACUUAUACAAAUUUUUCUUAAAUGUGGAAAUCGAACCCACAUCCACCACUUCAGGUUCCCCUUAAAUAUGUCAAAUUUCACCCUUAACCUAUGACCUCUAGUUCUAGUUUCACCCAGUGGGGAAAAACAGCAAGUCACUUAUCUUUUAGAAUAUCAGUCUUCAAUCCUAUCACACAAUCUUGCAUUUUCCAUGAAUGCAAUGCAGACAGACAGGGUUAUUUUUAAAGCAUAAGACGUAUCAGCUGUCUUUUGAUAUCAAAGUAUGAAAGGAAUUGGUCAGACAAAUAACAAAAUCUCUUGGAGAAUUCUAGGAUUUUUCUGAAGAGAUUCUUGGUGAAUACUCUAGGGAAAUUUGAUACCCAGUUUUUACAAAGCUGGCUGUUUUAUUGAGAAUGAUUAGUUUUUAAAAUGGAAUUUUUAAACUUAUCUUAAUUACACUUGUACUUGCAACAGAGUCCAUUGAAUCACAUGCUUUUGACUACUGUUCAAUGACUCAGCACUGUAUUUUUCUACCAAGCCUUCAAGGGUUUAUGACUCAGCUGUUUUAAAUUCUCCAAAAUAAUAUGAAGAACAGAGGAUUACACAAUCGAACAUUAAUUUGGAAUGGGCCAAAUGAUUUAUCACUGCAGUACUUCUGCUUUUCCCUCCUUGUAUCUACCCCACCUUGCCAUUUCAACAUAUUGUUGGGUGACAGGAUGGAGAUACAUCUCUACCAUAGUAAGUUUAAGGCGUUCCUUCCCUCCACUAGCCUGUAGGUCACCCUUGGGCAAGGUGUAUCACUUGCUUAGUCAUUCCCUCCCGCUCCCCCAAAAUCAGGAUUAUGUGAAGCCAUGACAGGAGGUGGUGAAUGUUUGUACAAGCAGCUGGUUUACAUCACAAGUCCUGGAUAUGUGACCACCGACGCCAGUCUGACAAUCUCUUAAGACACUUGUAAAGACACUCUCAGAAGGUGGGAAUGACAAACCAUUUCUGUAGAAAACUUUGCCAAGAACAAUCAUGGUCAUGGAAAGACCACGACCACCCAUGUCAUACAACACUGCACAUAACAGACAUACUAGAGUAUGACUAUAUGAGAUUUCUCCAAAGCCAGAUGUUUUCUUCACAUCUCCUCCCUUUACCAUUCCUGGCAACAUUUCUGGAGAAUUUUUUUGAUAAAGUAAUCCAUCCCUGCUUUGAAAGUCUCCAACUUCUUCUGUUCCAUUUCCCUUUCACCUGAGUUACCCCAACUCUAUCUCUCAUUCUUAAAUUCCUUCCUACCAUCAUAAACACAAGAGAUACUGCAGAUGCUAGAAAUUCAGAUUAACACACACAAAAUGUUGGAGGAAUUCAGCAGGUCAGACAGCAUCGAUGGAAAAGAAUAAACGGUUGAUGUUUCAGAUCAAGACCCUUCAUCCGAACCAUUUGUGUGUGUUACUCCUGCCAUCAAACUGGGGUACCACAAUUCUUCUUGCAUAUUCACAUCCAUGAGGCCAACUAUUUGGUCCCAUUGUACAAUUGUGCAUUAUUAAUCAUCCACAACUGCACCAGGUUCCCAUUUAAGAAAACCACCUUCAGUUGCAAUUAACUUCCCUGCCAUGAGUCUUGUCAUCAAGUCCCCAAGGUUCAGCUGUUCUGCUGUGGUGUACAGGACUCUCCCAUCCGUCACUCUUCAUUCUGAUUUCUGCCAAUAGCAUUUAUCCAAGAUAUCCUUUGUAAUUUCCCAUUCUGAUUUUCCUCUUACCCCCCCUCCCUUCUUCUCACCUAUUCAUCACCUUUUCCACCUAUCGCCUGCCAGCUUAUACUCAUUCCCAUUCCCCCACAUUCUCACUAUGACUUCUUUUCCAGACCUGCUGAAGGGGUUUGGCCCAAGCCAUCUAUUGUUUAUUCCCCUUCAUUGAUGUUGCCUGACCAGCUGAGUUCCUCCAACAUUUAGUGUGUGUUGCUCCUUUGAAUUUACAGCUUGUUGUCUCCCUUCAUCUUCCUUCAACCUUAAGCAGAUCAGUUCCCUCUAUUACCACUCUUAGUGGUGAAUCCUAAUAUCACUCUCCUCACAAGGUUCCACGUGUAAAUUUCUCACAAAAUAUUAUGUCUCCUCUUUUAAAAUGAACCUGUAGUUCUUACUUGACUUUAUAUUUACAUGAAGCCCCUCAGUCAUAUUAGACCAUAUUAGACAAUAGGAGUAAAAUUCAGCCCGUUGUCCCACUGAGUAUGCUCCGCCAUUCAGUCGUUACUGAUUUACUAUUCUCUCUCCUGCAUUCUCAAGGGAAGAGAUUUAGGAUGGAGAUGAUUGAAUAGUGGAGCAGACUCAAUGGGUCAAAUGGCCUAAUUCUGUUCCUAUGUCUCACGGUCUUAUGAGGAGAAACUGCUUUUCCCAGAGAGUAGUGAAUCUGUGGUAUUCUCUGCCCAGGAAGGAAUAGAGGCUACCUCACUAGAUAUAUUUAAGACACAGAUGGAUUUUGGCAUAGCAGGGGAAUUAAGGGUUAUUGGGAAAAGGGAGGUAUGUGGAACUGAAUCCACAGCCAGAUCAGCCAUGAUCUUAUUGAAUGGUGGAGCAGGCUCAACGGGCCAAAUGAGCUGCUCUUGCUCCUAGUUCUCAUGUUCUCCCCAUAACCUUUAUUACCUUAUCUAAUUAAGAGCUGAUCAAUCUCUGUGUUAUACCCAAAGAUUUGGCCUCUAGAACCAUCUAUGGCAAUGAAUUCCACAGGUUUACAACCCUCUAGCUAAAAAAAUUCCUCUUCAACUCUUUUCUAAAGGGAUGUUAUUUUAUUUUUGAGGCUGUGCCCUCUAAUCCUACACUCCCUCACUAUAGGAAACACCAUCUCUGCUUCCACUCUUUCUAGGCCUUUUAUAAUUCAAAAGGUUUCCUCUUUAUCCUUCUAAACUUCAGCAAGUACAGGCCAAGAACAAUCAAAUGUUCCUCAUAUUAGCCAAAGAUACUAAGUUUGCUUUCUUGAGUCUACCUGCAGAGUGGAAAGUUACCUCUCUCCUACCACCCAGCUUUCCAUUAUCUUCAGCCAUGCUGCCUGUCCAACAUCAAAUAUUGAUGAGGUAGAGCUAUCUUGUAAGAUCAGACACCUGUGAUGAGUUUAUUUUGUUUCCUUUCCAUUCUCUCUGGCCAGUUUCAAUAUCAUUUGACCUGGUAGCGAGUUUCAAAUUGGACAUCCUCCUGUUAACUAUUUUCAUCUCCUAGCUUAGUUCCACUGUGCAGGAGCCUAUUCUCUAUCCCUACUGCUCCUGAGUUUGAUCUUACAUGAACUCCAGUAUGUCUAAAAUUCAAUACUUACUCCCUUCACGCUGAGUCCAAAAGAUAAAGCUUAGUUUUAUCUGUCACGUACAUCAAAACAUCCAGUAAAGUGUAUAAUUUCUAUCAAAUCUAAUCUGUGGGGAUGUGCAGGGGGCAGCCUGCAGGUGUUGCCACAUGUCCACUGUCAACAUAGCAUGUCACACCUUCCAAACCCAAAUUGUAGGUCUUUGCAAUGUGGGAGGAAAGACACGCUGUCACGGGAAAACGUGCAAUCUCUUUACAGGCAGUGUCAGGAAUUGAACCCCAAUCAGGGGUUGCUGGCUGGGCUGUAAAGCACUGCGCUAAACACUAUGCUUCUGGACUGCCUCUACACACCCUCCACCUCCAUUGUUACAACCUAAUUGCCUGUCAAGCAUAUGUCAUUCAAACUAUCCCAUUUCAUCCUCUCCAUUGGCUUCCUAGCACCAGCUUCACCCCCUCCAUCAAUGCACACCCUAGCAACAGAAUUUAUCUGUCUAAAUCUAUUAUUCACCUGCUUAUUAAAUCUUUUGAAACAUGUCAUUAAUUUUCUUUUUGUCUUUGAACUCCUCUCUGUAGCUGUUCUACCCAUUCUGUGAAAUAAUGUGGGAUAUUUCAGUGCUGUUAAAAAUACAAUGGAAUUGCAAGUUGUUGAUUUUGCCAAAAACUUGUAUUAAAAGAAUCAUGAGAAAAUUCAAAAUUGUUUGUGUUGGCGAGAUUUCAAUGUCUUGAUUUUUUUUUCUGUGACCCAGCUUAAUGUCAAUGUGCAAAACAAAAUUAUAAGCUAUAAAUGUUUUAAAACUAAUAAUCCAUGUGGUGACAAACAUUUGCUAAUUAAUGCCAUACUGCAUUGGUGUGAUAGAGUAAUUUUUAGCAUUAAUUAGGCCAAAGUGGCCAGUCAUUUAAAUUCCUAUCCACAUUCCCAUUCUGAUAUCUCGGCCCAUGGACUCCUCUUCUGCUAUCAGGAUGCCAUGAACAUCAGUUUCUCCAACUUCUGGUAAUUUUCCUCCUCCCCCUUCCCUCUUUUUCAUUUCCCUACUCUGGCACCCAUCUUACCUCUUCUCCUCACCUGCCUAUCUCCUCCCUCUAGUGCCCCUUCUCCUUCCUUUUCCCUCAUAGACCACAUCCUCUCCUAUAAGAUUCCUUUUUCUCCAGUCUACCUUUUCCACCUAUCACCUACCAGCUUCUUAAUUAUCACUCCCCCCACCCACCCAGCUUCAUCUAUCAUCUUCAAGCUCGUACUCCUUCCCUUCCCCCCACCACCUUAUUCUGGCAUCCUCCCCCUUCCAUUCCAGUCCUGAUAAAUGGUCUCAGCCUGAAACUUCAACUGUUUAUUCAUUUCCAUAGAUGCUGCCUGGCCUGCUGAGUUCCUCCUGCAUUUUGUGCGUGUGACUUUUAUCUGAAGCCUCUUUCGGCAAUCACCUUAAAUAUAUUAUUCUUUUUUAAAGAUAAAGUUUCACUUAAUCUUAUUCAGAACUUCAAUGAUUUAUGGUCUACCAAACUUUCCUUUGCCCUUUCUCUGCUUGACGAAAGACACUGAGCUUCUGAAGUCUGUUCAAGUAAUCAUAAACAAUAUGGAGGGGGGGUGGAGCAUCACUGGAAGUUGGAGAAAUCGAUGCUCAUGCCAUCAGUUUGGGGGCUACCCGGAGAGAAUAUAAGGUGUUGCUCCUCCAACCUCAGUGUGGCCUCAUCACAACAGUAGAGGACACCAUGGAUGGACAAGUCAGAAUAGAAAGUGGAAUUAAAAUGGGUGGCCACUGGGAUAACCCAUUUUUUCUGGCAGACAGAGCGUAGAUGCUUAGCGAAGCAGUCUCCCAAUCUAUAUUGAGUCUCACUGAUAUACAAGAGGUCACACCGGGAGCAGCAGGUACGUUAGAUGACCCCAACAGACUCACAAGUGUUUGGAGCCCUGAAUGGUAGUGAAGGAGGAGGUGUAGCGGCAGGUGUAGACCUUGUUCUGCUUAUGAUGGUAAGUACCAGGACGGUGAUCAAUGAGGAGAAAUGAAUGGACAAGGCAAUUGCUUAGGGAGUGGUCCCUGUGGAAAGCAGUAAGUGGGGGGGAGGAGGGAAAGGUGUGCUUGGUGGUAGGAUCCCACUGGAGAAGGCAGAAGUCACAGAGAACUAAGUGCUGGACAUGAAGUCUGGUGGGGUGAUAGGUAAGGACAAGAGGAACCCUAUAUCUGAUGGGGUGAGGGCAGACAUGCGCAAAAUCGAAGAGAUGCAGUUGAGGGCAGCGUUGAUGGUGGAGGAAGGAAAGCCCCUUUCUUUGAAGGAGGAUACCUCUUUCCUUCUAGAAUAAAAAGCUUCAUCCUGAAACCAAUGUGGUGGGGACGGAGGAACUGAGACAAGGGCCUGGCAUUUUUACAAGACGCAGGAUGGGAAGAGGUAUAGUCCAGGCAGCUAUGAGAGUCAGGUAGCUGUGGUUUGUCUCCAGAUAUAGAGACAGUGAAAUCAAGAAAGGGGAGGGAGGUGUCAGAAAUGGACCAGGUGAAUUUGAGGGCAGGGUAGAAGUUGGAGGCACAGUUGAUGAAGUCAAGUAGCUCGGCAUGAGUACAGGAAGCAGCACCAAUGAAGUUGUGGAUGUAGCAUAAGAAAAGUGGGGAAAUAACACCAGUGUAGGCUUGGAACAUAGACUGUUCCACAUAGCCUACAAAAAGGGAGGGAUAGCUGGGACCCAUGCGAGUACCCAUGGCUACACAUUUUGCUUGAAGGAAGUGGGAGAAGCCAAAGGAUGAAUUAUUGAGAGCGAGGAGAAGUUCCGCUAGAUGGAGGAGUGGUAGUGGUGGCAAACUGGUUGAACCUGGUGUCCUGAAAGAAAAGGAGAGCUUUGAGGCCUUCCUGGUGGGGAAUGGAGGUUCAAAGAGACUGGACAUCCAUGGUGGAAAUGAGAUGCUCGGGGCCAGAGGAGCAGAAUUUGGCUCAUCGAGUCUGUUCCACCACUUCAUUAUGGCUGAUCCAUUUUCCAUCACAGCUCCAAUCUCCUGCCUUCUCCCCAUAUUUCUUCAUGCCCUGACUAAUCAGUAAUCUAUCUGCCUUAAAUAUAUCUAGUGACUUGGCCUCCACAGCCACCUGUGGUAACAAACUCCACAGAUUCACCACUCUCUGGUUAAAGAAAUUCCUCCUCAUCUCUGUUCUAAAAGGACACCCCUCUAAUCUGAGCCAAUUUCCUCUAGUCUUUGACUUGCCCCCCAAAGGAAACACCCUCUCCACAUCCACUGUCAAGGCCUUUCAAUAUUCAGUAGGUUUCAGUGUGGUCAACCAUCAUUCUUCCCAAUUCCAGUGAGUACAAGUACAGAGCUAUCAGACGGUCUUCAUAUGACAAGCUUCUCAAUCCUGGAAUCAUUUUUAUAAACUUUCUUUGAAACUUCUCCAAUGUCAGCACAUCCAUUCUUGGAUAAGGUGCCCAAACCUACUCACAGCACUCCAGUGAGGCCUCACCAGUGCUUUAUAAAGCCUCAAAAUUACAUCCUUGUUUUUAUAUUCUAGUCUUCUCAAAAUGAAUGCUAACAUCACUUAUGCCUUCCUCACCACCAAAUGAACCUGCAAAGCAACCUUUAGGAAAUCCUGCACAAGGGCUCCCAAGUCCCUUUGCACCUCAGAUUUUUGAAUUCUUUUCUCCAUUCAGAAAAUAGUCUACACUGUUAUUUCUUUGACAAAGGUGCAUGACCAUAUACUUCCCAACAAUGUACUCCAUCUACCACUUCUUUGCCCAUUGUCAUAUUCUGUAGCCUCACUACUUCCUCAAACUUACCUGCCCCUCUACCUAUCAUCCACAAACUUGACCACAAAACUAUCUAUUCCAUCAUCCAAGUCAUUGACAUAUAAUCUAAAAAGAAGAGGUCCCAACACAGACCCCUGUGGAACGCCACUAGUCAACAGCAUCCAGACAGAAAAGGCUCCCUUUAUUUCCACUCUUUGCCUCCUGCCAAUCAGCCACUGCUUUAUCCAUGCUAGUAUCUUUUCUGUAAUACAGUACAAUAGGUUCUUGUUAAGCAGUCUCAUGUGAGGCACCUUGUCAAAGGCUUUCUGAAAAUUAAAGUACACACCAUUCACUGAUACUCCUUUGUCGACCCGGCUUGUUAUUUCUUCAAAGAAUUUCAACAGACUUGUCAGCAAGAUUGUCCCUUAAGGAAACAAUGCUAACUAUAGCCUACUUUAGCUUGUGUCUCCAUGUACCCCAAAAUCACAUCCUUAACAAUCAAUUCCAACAUCCUCCCAACCACUGAGGUCAGAC